AUGCAAGCGAAAAUUCUUUUUUCGUAUGGUAAGAAAGUCAUUGAUGUAACAUUAAAUCUAAAUGUCCCAAUAAUAGCAAUAUUCGAAGAACUGAAAGGAAAACUCGAUAUGCAAGGAAAAGCCGAUGAUUACAUUUUAUGGCACGGAAAAACGCAUCCUAUUGUUCCAGUACCAAUAGGAUCGAUCGGAAUUAACAGAGAGAAGCCUAUUGUCGUUUUCAUUUUGAAAAAAGAUUUCAAAACUAUCGAUUCUUAUUUAAAUAAUUAUUUUCCGAACUUGGUUGCCGAAGCAUUACAAGCUCCAAAAGAUGGUUUGUACAUUUUGAGUGAAUUAAGUCGCUAUUAUAACAUUAUUUCAUUUUUAAAUGAUCCGGAACUUAAAAAUGCAGUUGAUAAAGUAUAUCCUAGAUCCCUUUUCGAACAUUUAGAACCAUACGAAAAACUUAAGCAAAUUACAAAUUGGUUUUGUACUCAAUUUUUCCAAAAAUACGGAAUUCCACCUUGCCAUGUUUGCGGUCAGCCAACCAUAUAUGCGGGUCCUGCUCCUGUUAUACCAGAUGAGCUCGGUGGUCACCCACUUUCAGCAGAAAUUUUCAAAUGUCCAAUUUGUGGAGCUGCAACAAGAUAUACGAAAUUUACGAACCCUAUAGUUAUUCUUAUGAACCAUACUGGUCGUGAAUUAGAGCAUUGCUUAGGUCUUGCAUCAAUUUUGAAGUAUACUGGAUUUCAAUUUAGAUUUGUUUUAAUAGAUCUUAAAUUCCAUAUCCUCGAAGUAUAUAUUCCAAGUAUGAAGCGAUAUGUUUCUGUAGAUCCUUAUGUUAAUAGAAUUGAUUGUCCUUUACUUUACGAAUGCGGUUGCAAUCAAGAUGUUACAUGGGCAAUUGCUUAUAGUGAAAAGGAAUGUAUUGAUGUAUCAACAAGAUAUGUUUACAAUAGAAAUGAGUUUAAUGCCAGAAGAUAUAAGCUAGAUUACGCUGAUUGGCUCACCAAAGCAUUAUCCUUUAAGCAUCAAGUACUUAUACAAGGCGCUUCUGAUAGUUUUAAGCAAACAAUUCGAAAUGAUAAAGAAACUUUACUUGACGAGAAGAAACCGACUGAUAAUGAGCUUACCAAUCCAUUAUUGUAG